AUGGACGCCUCGCGAGGAUUUGUCCCGGCCCAACUGACAUACUGGUCCAAUAAUGUUCAGGGGCUUAACACACCUGAAAAGCGCGCGCACCUGGUAAGGCGCCUAUGGGCCGUGAGAGCCUCCGUGGCGUUCCUGCAGGAGACUCAUCUCCGAGGACUGGACGCCCCCAAACUAGAGAACAGACGCUACCCGCAGGGAUUCUACGCGAACCACCCAGACGCUAAGAGGGCUGGUGUGGCAAUACUCUUUGCACAGACGACGCCGUUCCAACAUAUAGCAACGCAGGCGGACCCGAACGGCAGAUUCCUUUUCAUUAAGGGUACAAUCAUGGAACACAUGUAUACCUUCGCAUGCCUCUACGGCCCGAAUAGAAAGCAGCAUACAUUCCUGGCUCGGACGCUAGCCAAAUUGGAGAAAUUCAGAGACGGCCUCUUGGUCAUGGCAG